AUGAAAAACGUAUCAAAGAAGUCCGGUGGGAACGCAGCUACCCCGAAGAAGACCAAGGCUGAAGUGAAGGCAGGACAGAGGUGGCGGGCACAACAGAUCAACGAACGUAAAAGGUUGAAGAAGGAGGCCGACCUCGCCAAGGCAGCAGAGACAGACGGACAGCGGGAACGAGAGGGACAUGCAGCGACCGGUGGUGUGGCUCCGGAUAACAAUCAGGGACCGGCCAGGUCUCGCAAGGCAACAUCACCGUUGACUCCGCUCUCUGAUGAUGGUACGAACGAAAACGAGCUGGAACAGCAACAACAGCAGCAACAACAACAGCAACAGCAACAACAACACCAGGAGCAGCCGGAGCAGCAGCAGCAACCUGCGGGAAAUGGUAUUGAGGUUGGUGUGGAAGGGGAGGUGAAUGCAAAAAGCGGGAAGAACGAAGAGGCGAACUCGGACGCGCCCACAUCGAAAAAGAAGGCCGUCGACCCAGCCGAUGUUGAAACGGAGGCCGUGAGAGAGCAAGCCGAGACGGAGAAAGCCGAGAGGGAGAAAGGCGAGAGAGAGAAAGCCGAGAAGGAGGAAGCGGAGAAGGAGAAGGCGGAGAAGGAGGAAGCUGAGAAGGAGAAAGCGGAGGAGGAGAAGGCGGAAGAGGAGAAAGCGGAGAAGGAGAAAGCAGAGAAGGAGGAGAAAGCGGAGAAGGAGAAAGCAGAGAAGGAGGAGGGGGAAGAGCAGUCAGAGAAGGCCAAGACGCGAUUUGACCUUUUCCAAGGGAUUUUUCCCAAAGCAGCGUGGCCGGUACCAACUAUCCGGUUGAGAGGUCCACGUCAAAUCCGAGCUUUACCUAAGCUCAAGCCUAUCGACAAGGCUGCUCUCGAAGCCAAUUUCGCAAAGUUCCAAAAAUUUGCGGGGGUCUCGGGUCCUGCUGGGGAUGGGCGGGAAUCGAUGAUUGGAUCGAUUCGAGCAGCGGCGGAAAGCGUCUGGACACAAGGACGGAAACGGCGAGGAGGGAGUCAAGGCUUGGACCCGGUUGGUGAUCAUGAACAAAGGUCGAGCUCGGUAAUGGCGGACGAUGUAGGCGAGGGUCAACGCAAAAGAGCGAAGCCGAAUCCCGAGCAGGACAACCCAACGGGAGAGGCGCAAGAUUUCAUGGGACAAGUGGUGUAUGGGCGAAAGCGAACGCUGACCCAGCCUAUCUACCGGCCUGGAAGUCGAUGGAGAGAACCAUUCCCUACCGCGCGGCACAAAAACGUGGAAGGUUUCGGUCACGCACUCAUGCAAGCGAUGCAUGCGGUCGAAGACUCGAUUGCCACACCUCAACAAUGGGAGGAUCGCGUUGUUCCACACCUGAAGGAUAUUCUUCAAGAAGGAUGGGAAGGAGCGGAAUGGGAGAAGAUACGGGACAUCGCAAUGAACCGUAGUAUUUCCAAAUUUUCCCGCCUCUGCGAAUUCUUCGAAGUGUGUUGGGACUCAGGUGCCUAUGCGGAAGGAUUCAGCAUCUGCGAUAAUCCCGCAAUAAUUCAGGCCUAUGGGAUCGUGGUGCAAGCCAUUGAAGCGCGGGAGGACCGGUGGAUAGGAAUGUCCAAGCACGAACUGUACGAGAAGCUGCACUUUGUGUUCCGAGGUGAACAGCUCGGUUGCCGGUAUGACGUUCUCGACGACAAGCAGGAGGUGAUGCUGGACGAAAUCCUUGAGAUCGAGGAUAGGGUCGCCGACAUUGUCUUUGACCUAUUCGGGGAGGUCAGCCCCGCACUGGUGGAGCGUGGUCGAUUGGGCAUCGAUGGACGCCCACAAGAAUGCGACACCACGGAAAAGAAGGCUCUAUGGGACACCAGCCGGGGGCUGAUCACGCAGGCGCGUCGCAAGCGGGAUCUGCUAGCCUGCGCAAUUCGUGCUGAUGGGUGGAUCGAAGGGGUGUUUAUGGGGCGGGAAUGGAUGAAAGGCGCUUCUCCCGCGCUGGUAUCUUUGAUGGGAGGGGUGCUGCAGGGAUUUGCAAACCGGCCGGACUACAAAUCGACAAGCUCGUUGACCGGCGAGUUACAUUAUCUGCGGCGGCUAUUGGGCGAAGGCAGGUUCUAUGAGAGCGAAUGGAUCCCCAUCCUCGACAUGUUCCGCAGGACCGAUAGCGUGAUGACGCAAUCCACUCUCAAAGCGCUUUUGGGUGCUGUGCGGCUGCCGGAAGCACGACAGCGAUGGGCUGAUAUCAGUAGCCGAGCGCGAGAGCUCUGGCGGGAAUCCGGGAAAUCGUUCAGGAUGCCGAUAGCCAUCGACGCAAACUUGGCCAACGUCAAAGCUGCCCAAGCACUGCGAGGGGUCGUGAACUUGGGUAACAGGCCGCUCAUCGCCGCUGGCCGACGUGCUUUGAGAGCUCAGGUCGAAGACAAGGUUGGCACGUUCCCACACACGGAGACCUGGGCGAGCUAUUUUGCGGAUGUUCACCAACUGAAACUUGGUAACAUGAGCGGGAUGACGUUUUGUGCUCGUGCAACUGCGCGGGAAUCGGUUUUCGCUAAGGUGAUGGGUCUGCUUGAACACUCGCUCUACGAGAAAGAGAAGACCGAUGAGCUCGACAAAUCAAAGCAUAGUCUUCACCGAUUUUUGGUUGAGUUCCACUACCAAGAGCUCGAUGCGGACGGCCGUGUGGAGUCGGCACAAGUUGACGCCACCAUCAUCGAGGAGAAGUUCAUGUGGUCCAAGCCCGCAACGAGGAUGGAAGUUGACUGGCAAAACGAGGAUGCGCGGGCAGACGCGUUGGCGGAAGAACAGGCUCUGUGGGAUGACGACACGUUUGGCGCAGGAAUCGAUGCAAGCCAGAGCCAACCUGAGGAACAGGAACCUGAGUUGGACGGCAUGUUCGACUUUGGCACCGGGAACGGAGAGGAGGGUGAUCGGGAAGGUGAUCUAGAUAUGGAUAUCACCAUAGACCAAGGUACCGAGCCCGCAAGGCAGAGUGAUAAGCCUGCUACCGACGUGGUCGACGAGGUUGGUAAAGCAACAACGGAAGUCACUACGGGAGCCAACAAGGAUACGGUGCGGGAAGGGGCGCAAAAGGCGGGAACCGGAGAAUCCUUCUUCCAUAAGGCUCUGGGUCGAAGGAUGGUCUACAUCGAUUGCACGAAGCACGUGUACCCAUCGUUGAAGAAGGAGAACGCUACCAAUAUCACCUGGAAGCAAGACGAGGAUGGUGAUUGGCUUCCCGCAAGUAUCAUUACGGCGAGUGAAAGUCGGACCGACCAGCAAGCCCGCGACGCGAGAGCCAAGGAGUGGAACAAUUUCGUUGAUACCGUGAAGACGAAAGCUGUGAAUCUUGCGGAACGAACGGGAACGACAUCGGUGACCAUCUGUGCUCGACCUAUGGUAGAAGACGACAAGGGAACGGUGGUGUUAUUCACCUCGCCGGGCAUGGUGGAACCCAAGGACGAGUCGUGGGAACCAAUGCUAAAAGCUUUCUGGGAGAACACGUACAGAGGCGCGGCGGACUUGUGCGAUCGUAUUGAAGAACGGGACGCAAAGUUUGUUGCGGCUAAGCCUGAGAAGGAAAAGGGCGGGAAGAGAGGUAAAGCCGGCGGGAAGUAG